AUGCUGCUCCGGGUAGGUGGACGUGCUCUGCAAUGGAGAGCAUUAACACCAUUCCGUGGUCUUGCUUCUCAUGGUCAUGGACAUGGCCAAGAGGCUAAUGUCGAAAGAAAACCCGACUUAUAUAGACCUGGAUCAGACUCAUAUGCAUAUGAGAACCCAUGGCCUAAGCUUAACAGUGGUCGUCUUGACUGGCUAUUCGGUGAUGGCUGGAGGAGACCUCUUGCUAAAGAUCAAGGAGCUAAAAUGAGACGUGAAUGGAUUUGGUUCUCUCAAGUUGCUCACGAUGAACACAAGGAUUGGCUCAAGUUCCACCAGGUUGCUUUCUUAUUAUUCACUGUGUUGACAACAUGGUUCACAUGCUGGAUUAUGUUCGCUCGACCUGAUUGGCCAAUGGGUCGUGAAUGGGCUCUCCGUGAAGCUCAUUUAGAAAUUGCAAGAAGAGAAAAAGCUGGCCUUCCACUCAUUAGUCCUGAUUUGAUCCCAAGAGACCGUGUUUUCGCUACUCUGCCUUCCGACGAAGAACUCAGAGACUUUGAAGUUCUUAUUUAA